AUGCCUUCAACUGACGCAGAUGCGUCUCACAGCUUCGAUCUACCACUCCGUGGUGGAGAUGGAUUGAGCCAACAACGGAAGACCAUCAUUGAAAAUGCCCUUCAAAAAUACCGGAAUCGAGUCCUCGAAAUCAACAUGGCCACCCUAGAAGCCGCCAUCUCAGAUCUCGAAACUCGCGAAAUCAAACCCAUAGAAUUCUGGCCCUCAACCCCCAAUCUCGGUCCCGAAGAACUUCCCAAACGAAGAAUCGAAAGACUCGAGCAGGAUUACGGGAUCCGAUUAGAACAUCCCUCGGAUCGUAGUAUUACGUCCAUUCGGGAUUUUCUGAGUGAGGAUCGAGGGGAAAAUCUCGUGAGGAGUUGUCGGUUAGACGGGAUAGUUCACGGAGAAGUUGACAUUGAGGCGCGGGAGGCGUGGAUCGAAAAGACGGAGGAACAGACCCGAACAGCGGAGAGGACGGAGGUCCAUCCCGACGGUCUACCGGCCGAGUUGAAGUAUUUGAUGACUCUGGUCCGCGGAAUCUGCGGCAAUGGACUUCCUGAAUAUCGAUACUUCGGCGAGCUGCGCCAGAUGAAAUUCCUCACCGAUAUCGAUGGCGAGGAAGCGGAGGGAGAGGAACCGAGGGACUCGGGAUUCGUGACGGUGCCUAGGACGGACGAAGAAAUUAGCCAAGGCCAUCUUGGCGAUAUUCAGGGAGAAUGGGAUGACCAUUUGCUUGCGCUUGCAGUUGGGAUUGGCAAUAGCGGGUUUGCGGCAUAUUGUCGAAAGCCAGAAGACACCGAUGAUGCCGAUAGGUGGAGGUGGAAGUACGGUCUAUGGGAUCCUGAAUUCGAGACCGCUCUGUACGAUACUGUCGAGGAAUAUUUGGAGUUCUAUGCCGAUUUCAAUAAGCAGGGCGAGGAGGAUGGCAACAUCGCCGCCGCAUAG